GGGGCAGGGACAGGUGCGGGCUGCGGGAGGGACCCGGAGCCCACAGAGGUAAUUCCACUCUGCGCGUCAAUUAUUCAUCGUGCUGGGGCUGGCUCUGCGUGGGUCACCUAUGCGCUGCAGAGUCCCCCAGAGCUCCGGGGACUGCUCGGGGGCUGCUGGGGGGCGGCUGGGAGGCCUGUCACUCGAGGUGAGACUGGAUCAAGGAGAGUCACGCGGCUCCCUGGGAAGAAGGGGCGCCGGGCCCGCACAGACCCGAGAGCGGCCAUGAGCUGGUGUCCAGCCGCCCAGGAGGGGGGCUGCAAGGCCCAGAGAUCUGGACACAGGCCAAGAAGUCAAGAACUGUUGAAGCCGCAGUCUCCACUCUCCUACUGACACCAGAGACCACCCAGCCCAGCCAAACCAUAUGGCCUCGUUUUCCUGAUGUAUGAGGGCUCCGGCUGGCACCUGAGGAGCGGCGUGACCCCGAGGGCCCAGGGAGCUGCCCGGCUGGCCUAGGCAGGCAGCCACACCAUGGCCAGCACGGCCGUGCAGCUCCUGGGCUUCCUGCUCAGCUUCCUGGGCAUGGUGGGCACGUUGAUCACCACCAUCCUGCCGCACUGGCGGAGGACGGCGCACGUGGGCACCAACAUCCUCACGGCCGUGUCCUACCUGAAAGGGCUCUGGAUGGAGUGUGUGUGGCACAGCACGGGCAUCUACCAGUGCCAGAUCUACCGGUCCCUGCUGGCGCUGCCCCAAGACCUCCAGGCUGCCCGUGCCCUCAUGGUCAUCUCCUGCCUGCUCUCGGGCAUAGCCUGCGCCUGUGCAGUCAUUGGGAUGAAGUGCACGCGCUGCGCCAAGGGCACACCCGCCAAGACCACCUUUGCCAUCCUCGGCGGCACCCUCUUCAUCCUGGCCGGCCUCCUGUGCAUGGUGGCCGUCUCCUGGACCACCAACGAUGUGGUGCAGAACUUCUACAACCCGCUGCUGCCCAGUGGCAUGAAGUUCGAGAUUGGCCAGGCCCUGUACCUGGGCUUCAUCUCCUCGUCCCUCUCGCUUAUUGGUGGCACCCUGCUUUGCCUGUCCUGCCAGGAUGAGGCACCCUACAGGCCCUACCAGGCCCCACCCAGGGCCACCACGACCACUGCAAACACCGCACCUGCCUACCAGCCACCAGCUGCCUACAAAGACAAUCGGGCCCCCUCAGUGACCUCAGCCACGCACAGCGGGUACAGGCUGAACGACUACGUGUGAGUCCCCACGGCCUGCUUCUCCCCUGGGCCGCUGUGGGCUGGGUCCCCGGCGGGACUGUCAAUGGAGGCAGGGGUUCCAGCACAAAGUUUACUUCUGGGCAACUUUUGCAUCCAAGGAAAUAAUGUGAAUGCGAGGAAAUGUCUUUAGAGCACAGGGAUGGAGGGGGAAAUAAGAGGAGGAGAAAGCUCUCUAUACCAAAGACUAAAAAAAAAAUCCUGUCUGUUUUUAUAUUUAUUAUAUGUAUUUAUGUGGGUGAUUUGAUAACAAGUUUAAUAUAAAGUGACUUGGGAGUUUGGUCAGUGGGGUUGGUUUGUGAUCCAGGAAUAAACCUUGUGGAUGUGGCUGUUUAUGAAA